UUAUGUCUAUGGAUACACUCACUGCUAGACUAACAUGGCGGCGUCUAGUGUUUUCAAAGCUGGACUUUUCAAUCACAAAGUCGCUAUUGUGACAGGAGGUGGAACGGGUAUUGGGAAAGCUAUAACGUCUGAAUUACUAGAGUUGGGCUGCAGUGUAGUUAUAUCUUCACGCAAAUUGGAGCGACUGCAUGCCGCUGUUCAGGAACUGGCACAGAAGAUUCCGUCAUCCAGUCCGGCAAAAGUUACCCCGGUACAAUGCAACAUUCGUAAUGAGCAAGAGGUUCAAAACAUGGUGGCUUCAGUCCUGAAGCUUCAUGGAAAGAUUGAUUUCUUGGUUAAUAAUGGUGGUGGACAGUUUUCUAGCCCUGUUGCCAAUAUGACUGCUAAGGGUUGGAAGGCAGUGAUUGACACAAAUCUCAAUGGGACAUUCCUUUGCUGUAAAGAAGUCUACAGUGCAUGGAUGAAGGAUCAUGGAGGUGUAAUCGUCAACAUUAUUGCUGACAUGUGGAAAGGAUUUCCUGGCAUGGCGCACACAGGAGCUGCUCGGGCAGCAGUGGACAACCUGACUAAAACCCUGGCCAUAGAGUGGGCUGCCAACGGGGUCAGGGUCAACUCUGUUGCUCCGGGGACCAUUAUCUCCAAAACGGCAGUGGAAAACUACAAAGACUUUGGCCCAACAUUGUUCAAAAUGUCCAUACCUUUCAGCCCAGCCAAAAGAUUAGGAGUCCCAGAGGAGAUUUCACCAGCUGUGUGCUUCCUUCUGUCCCCGGCUGCCUCAUAUAUUUCAGGGGAGACCCUGAAAGUCGAUGCUGGACAAAGCCUCUACCACUCAAUGUGGGAAAUUCCAGACCACAAUUCUUGGCCAGAGGCCCCUGAGGGCGAAAACACAGACACCCUGAGAGAGAUUAUGGGUCUCAAAUCCAAACUUUGACCAGACCAUAAGGACUCCAGGAAGCUUGAACCAGACUCCACCAUGCAGGGAAAGCAUGGGAACAGUGCCUUGAUCUUGAUGAACUGACCAUAUAAUACACCCUGCCAUAGGGGUACAGCAAAUGUGCCUUUCACAAGCCAUGAAUUGAUUUGGACAUUAAACCUGAAUAUGAUGGACUGAUGAGGGAAAGGUUGUUUUGGUAAUGCAAAUUGCAAGGACAGGAGGUAGGGUGACUUAAACUGUUAAUCUACAGUUUGCUCUCAUUUAAAGCACAAUUUAUGUAAUUUUUUUGAGUGUAAAUAUUUCUGAAAUUAUACCAAUGAAUCUCCAUGUUACGCCCUCGUUUUAAUAUGUGAAUAAAAAAUAGUUGACUCUU